CGCUGUGGACGAUCGCGCCCGAACUGGAGGCGCCCGCGACCUCGAGAGCGUGGGCUGCGCCAGACCUCGCCUGAUGGAUGCCUGGUGUGGACAAUGAAGGAAGAACGUGCCUCCCACACCCUAGAGGUGACCCUGGAGCGAGCCCCGGAUGACCCCACGACACGGAACCAUGCGGCUGGCCUGCAUGUUCUCAUCCAUCCUGCUGUUCGGAGCUGCAGGCCUCCUCCUCUUCAUCAGCCUGCAGGACCCCACAGAGCUGGCCCCCCAGCAGGCGCCAGGAAUAAAGUUCAACAUCAGGCCACAGCAGCCUCACAACGACCUCCUGCCAGGCAGCUCCCAGGGUGGUGACUUGAAAGUGUCUACAGAGAGGGUCGCCCGGGACUUGUCCAGCUGGGCUCCAAGGGACCUCAGCCCGCCGGUGCCUGGCCGGCCUCAGCCCCACCUGAAGCUGGGAGCCCGCCCGCGACUCCGGCAGCGCCGCCGGCGGCUGCUUAUCAAGAAGAUGCCGGUGGCGGCGGCCGCCCCGGCCAACAGCUCUGCCGGGGCCUCCGGCCGGCCGGGAGCGCGGGCCCUGGACCGCCGCUGGGCGAGCCUGCACCAGAGCCAGCAGGAGCGCAAACGCGUGAUGCGGGAGGCGUGCGCCAAGUACCGGGCGAGCGGCAGCCGCAGGGCCGUCACCCCCCGCCACGUGUCGCGCAUCUUCGUGGAGGACCGCCACCGCGUGCUCUACUGCGAGGUGCCCAAGGCCGGCUGCUCCAACUGGAAGCGGGUGCUGAUGGUGCUCGCCGGGCCGGCCUG